CCAUUAUUCCAACAUCUUAGAUAAGACCCAUCUUUUCCAAACGCCUCUCCUUCCCCCUUCCUCCUUCCUCCUUCCUCCUUCCUCUCUUCUUCUAAACUUUUACUUCAUUUCAUUUUUCUGUUUAAAAACACUUUCUCCACCCUAAAACCUCCAUUAAAACCCCACUUCUUCUUCUUCUUCUUCUUCUUCUUCUUCUUCUUCUUCUUUCACAAAGUUCAUUCUUUUCUCACAACCCCACAGAAAUGUUUGCUGCAGAAAAUGGUCUUAAGGGAGACCCCAGGCUUCAAGGCAUCUCUCAAGCCAUUAGAGUUGUUCCUCACUUCCCUAAGCCUGGGAUAAUGUUUCAAGAUAUUACUACGUUGUUGCUUGAUCAUAAGGCGUUUAAGGAUACUGUCGACAUUUUUGUAGAUCGUUACAGGGGAAUGAACAUCUCUGUUGUCGCUGGUGUAGAAGCCAGAGGAUUCAUGUUUGGUCCUUCGAUUGCUUUAUCCAUUGGAGCAAAGUUCGUUCCUUUACGCAAACCCAGAAAGCUUCCUGGUGAAGUAAUAUCAGAAGCUUAUGAUUUAGAGUAUGGAACAGAUUGCUUAGAAAUGCAAAUAGAUGCUGUGAAAACUGGGGAACGUGCAUUGGUUAUUGAUGAUUUGGUGGCCACUGGUGGAACCUUAUCGGCGGCAAUCGGGCUUCUGGAACGGAUGGGUGCUGAAGUGGUUGAAUGUGCUUGUGUUGUCGGAUUGCGCGAAGUUAAGGGACAGCGUAGGCUGGAUGGAAAGCCACUUUAUAUCCUUGUUGAGCCACGUCAAUUGGAUGAAUGUUUCUAAGUAGUAGCAGACUUGAUGAAAAGUAAACCCCUUUUCGCCAUUGUGGAUGUAGGUGGGUGAUAUCUCUUUGGUUGUGCUUAGGCUGAUGGUGAGAAGAUGAUGCUUGAGCGAACAGGUAGAGACUGAGACUGAGACAGAGAGAGAGAGAGAAAUUUGAUUACUGCAUCCAAAGUUUGAGCAGCGAUGUAUGAAAAUGUUGGGUCCAUUGUACUAGUUGUUAGUGCUAAAUUAUCUGUCCUUUCCCCAGGCUGUUAUUUCAACAAAAUCUUGAAUGAACAAACUAUUCUCAGAUUCUGAUAUUCAUAAAAGAAAAAAAAAGAUCCAUGUCUCAUUUGUUGUACAUGAAUAGGAUCCAAUUUGUGUCGUUUCUUUC